UUAAAGAAAUAUUCAAGAUGGCAGAUGAGGAUCUCAAUUUCGAAGACGAAUUUUACAAGAAACUGCUUCUAGAAGAGGCCAAAAAGCUAAAAAAUGCAUUACCUGAUAGGCACGAAUUUCUACCAACUCCACAGUUUGUUAUGAAAUUGCGGAACAGUAAAGAAGAGAAAGUAUUUAUCAAUAUUUGUACUUCAGAUAAAAUGCCUCCAGCUCAAGAUAUAACAGAGGAAACAUUGGUUGAAGUUUUGCAAUCUGAGGAUCCUACGAAAUAUCGUGUACCUAUGAGUCUUGGAGAGCCUCACGUCGAAGUUGAUAAUCGUGGCCAAGGUUGCACAGCAUAUGAUGUGGUUAUAAAUCCAAUGUUUUACAACAAGAUACAAAACAGUGAACUCUUCAAGAGGUUCUUCUUGACAAUUGUUUUUGAGGGACUUGAAAGUAAAUAUAAUAUGGAAUUAGAAAGAAAAUGGACUGUACUGAAGAACAAAAAGUGCAUGGGAGUUCUCCAGCCCCAUUGCAUAAGAAGCCAAAGUAAACCAGUAAUAAUGGAAAUGGAAAGUGACACCAAAACAGCUACAAAGCCAGUUAUAUCAAGGAAAGGGUCUGGGGUAAAUGGAGUCAGUAACCCAGCAGCGAAGGAAAAGGGAUCUGAUCUGAUACGGGAACAAGAAGCAAUCAUCAUUUUUAAAAAGAGGAAAUGUCAAGAAAUAGAAAAAUAUUUUUGAGUUUUAGAAUUUUUUUUUUUUUUUUGGAGUUUAGAGGAUAAUAGCAAGGCAUUCGAAAAUCUGACCAAGAGUCGUAAAUAUCUGUGAUAAUUAUUUCACAAUAAUAGUAAUGAUAAUGAAGAUAA